AUGACUUUUGGCGUCACCCAACCCGAAUUUGCCGAAGGCUGUGCCGUCGUCUUCGGCGGCUCAGGCGGCCUCGGCCGCGCGAGCGCCGGCCUGAUGGCGGAGCGCGGCUCCGACGUUGUCGUCACCUACAAAUCGCGCCGCGCCGAGGCCGAGUCCCUGGUGGAGGAGCUGCGCAAGCUCGGGCGCCAGGCGAGCGCGGUGGCCUGCGACGUCACGGACCGCAAGGCGGUCGAGGCCGUCUUCGAGCACGCCGUGGACACGUACAAGCGCGUGCACACGGUGGUGUCGGCCGGCGGCCUGGUGUUCGGCACGGGCCCGCUGGCGCAGUUCGCGGACGAGACCUUCCGCGGCGUCAUCGAGACGGACGUCUACGGCUUCUACAACAUCGCCAAGGCCGGCGUGCCGGCGGCGGUGGCCAUGAUGGUGCGCCAGCUCGCCACCGAGGAGGCUGCCCACGGCAUCCGCGCCAACGCCGUGGGGCCCGGCGUCAUCAACGCCGGUAUGGUGCUGCCGAUGAUGGAUACGCCGACGCGGGCGCUGCUCGAGGGCGCCACCGCGGCGACGCCGCUCAAGCGCUGGGGCGAGGCUGCCGAAAUCGCCGAGGCUGUCGCCUUCCUGGCCUCAUCGAAGGCGUCCUUCAUCACCGGCCAGGUCUUGAUGGUCGACGGCGGCCUCGCUGCCUAG